AUGACUCAGACAGGGGGGCAGUGUCAUCUAGUGGUUGGGAUGGAGGUGUUGGUGAGGACCAGGGCUCCAGGGCUCCAGGGCUCCAGGGCUCCAGGGCUCCAGGGUGGAGGAAUGGAGGUGUUGGGUACAUCUGUGUUCCUGAAGAGGAAGGACGACGACUGUCUCGCAACUUUACUCAGGCGUGCUGACAGCGGUUAUCUCAAGCUCGUCUUCACAGGACGGGGGGAGUCACGGAGGCGUGGAGAGAGACGUGAACACACAUUGAAAGCGUCGGUGUGUGACCACGUUGAUGUCACUUUGUCAUCCUCUCGUCUUGGGCAGCACGUACAGCCGUGUUCUGACGAGACGGACCGUAGAGGGAUUAGAAGACGAAUCACCGUCUCGGAACAUGUCGAGGAGGAAAGCAGAGCAACCCAAGGCAGUUUAAACGCCUGCUACAGGCAGGUGUGGGGGGGCUCAGGUCUGAGGGGGGUGUUGUCGAGGGAACAGACCCCUCCUUACUGGAACAGCUCUCUGCUGAUGUCAUCAGCGGUAGAUCAGGUGAGGAAGAGGCCGGGCCAGCAGAGUCCCAAACCAGGAAGUCACUUCCCAGCCCACCAAUAGAGCGACAGGAGGAGUGGGAUGGCCCAG